CACCUGCAAGCAGGAGCAGUUCAAGAUGAAGAUUUCUGUGGCUGCAUUAACUUUCUUUUUCUUCUAUGCAUGUGUGGCUGAAAUCACAGCUCAGCCAACAGGAGAUAGAGACGAUGGCACCAUUCAGUCAUCUGGUGUCAAAGACUGUGGUGCAGCCGAAGACCAGAAAACCAAUGGGCAACUUCUUGUCAUCUUAAGAGAGCUAGAAACCAAACUUAGAGACAUUCAGAAAGAGCUGGGGGUCCUGAAGUCACAAUUUCAAGGCAACAAGGUAGCAUUUGGAGCAUCUAUAAGUGUAGGUGAAAAUGUUGGACCUUUUAAUACUGAUAUCACACUGGUCUACAAAAAGAUCUACGCAAACACAGGAUCAUUCAACCCUAGAACAGGUAUUUUUAUAGCUCCUGUCAAAGGAAUCUAUUACUUCAGCUUCUCUGGACACAAUGUAUCAACUAAACCAAUGGGCCUGCAACUGAUGAAGAAUGGAGAGCAGAUGGUCACUGUCUACAACCAUCCUGCUGGAAAUCGUUUUGAGACAGCAACCAAUGGGAUGACUCUGAAGCUUGAAGUUGGAGACCAGGUUUACAUGAGGCUGAUGCAAAACACCUGGGUUAUGGAUAAUAGGAAUGAUCACAGCACAUUUAUUGGCCAUUUAUUGUUCCCUCUGUAAGGUUCCUGCAAAACUACUAAAAUAAAUACUUAAAGAAUGAAAGCUAACAUACACAUGAAAUUGAUUUAUUUCUGUGGUAAUAUUUAGGGUAAUAUGUACUUAUGGGGACAGAUAUCAGGAUAAAAUUAGAAUCUGUGUGUGCUAUGUCUUAAAUGUGAGGUGAUCUGAUGUAUGCAAUUAAAGAAAUUUUAUAAUCAUUCAUGUUUGACCAAUUAAACUCUAAUAAAGACAAUUGUUUUCAUUGCAAACACCUGGCUCUUUUGUUGAAAAACCAUUUGUGUUGAAGCUCCGCUCAUGCUUUUGUUCAGUUUUA